AGGAGUGGGCUGAGGGGCGGCGGCGGUCUGGGAGCCGGGGAAGUUUGGGCCACCUCUGGCGGCGGUGCUGCGCUCCGGAGCCAGGCUGAAGCCCGGAGAACCAGGGGGCAGGCGGACACACUUACGGACGCCCUCGGGCCGCUGCCACCGUUUCGCAUCCUCUUCCCUGGAAAAGUUUAAGCUUUAAACAUGUCAUCCAUCAAGCACCUAGUUUAUGCAGUUAUUCGUUUCUUACGGGAACAAAGUCAGAUGGAUGCUUACACCUCAGAUGAGCAAGAAAGUUUGGAAGUUGCAAUUCAGUGCUUGGAGACAGUUUUUAAAAUCAGUGCAGAAGAUACACAUCUAGCAGUUUCACAGCCUUUGACAGAAAUGUUCACAAAUUCCUUCUGUAAGAAUGACAUUCUGCCUCUCUCAAACUCAGUGCCUGAAGAUAUGGGGAAAGCUGACCAAUUAAAAGAUGAAGGCAAUAAUCACAUGAAAGAAGAAAAUUAUGCUGCUGCGGUGGAUUGUUACACACAAGCGAUAGAAUUGGAUCCAAAUAAUGCAGUUUAUUAUUGUAACAGGGCUGCUGCUCAGAGUAAAUUAGGUCACUACACAGAUGCAAUAAAGGAUUGUGAAAAAGCAAUAGCGAUUGAUUCAAAGUACAGCAAGGCCUAUGGGAGAAUGGGGCUGGCCCUCACUGCCAUGAAUAAAUUUCAAGAAGCAGUUACAAGUUAUCAGAAGGCAUUAGAUCUUGACCCUGAAAAUGAUUCCUAUAAAUCAAAUCUGAAAAUAGCAGAACAGAAGUUAAGAGAGGGAUCUAGUCCUACAGGAACUGGACUGAGCUUUGACAUGGCUAGCUUAAUAAAUAAUCCAGCCUUCAUUAGUAUGGCAGCAAGUUUAAUGCAGAAUCCUCAAGUACAACAGCUAAUGUCAGGAAUGAUGACAAAUGCUAUUGGGGGGCCUGCUGCUGGUGUUGGGGGCCUAACUGACCUGUCUAGCCUCAUCCAAGCGGGACAGCAGUUUGCUCAGCAGAUACAGCAACAGAAUCCUGAACUCAUAGAGCAACUUAGAAAUCACAUCCGGAGCAGGUCAUUCAGCAGCAGCGCUGAAGAACACUCCUGACCUGACCGGGGCCCCUCACCCAGAAUGCAGUUGGUGAUGGCUCUCAAGUGUCUGCUGUAGAUAGUGGCCAAAACAAAAACAAAUCUAAAACAUAAUCUGUCUAGACAAUAGGUGUGUCACAAACAGAUAACAUGACUAUGUUAUGUUGACUUGACCAUAACAUGAUUCCUUUGUAAGCAGGUGAUCAGUAGCCUUGUUAAGUGCCAGUUAUAGCACUUAACUGGACACGGUUCCAUUUUCACAUCUUCAUUGUAUUUGUAUACUAGACUUAAUAGCAGAGUAUAUUUAUUGAACAGUAGGGCUGUUUACUGGUGAGUUCUCUAGCACCAAAAUCCCAUAAGCAAACUUUUUGAAAGGGGAGAUAACUAAGAGGAAAGGAUUCUCAUGCUGAUUUAGGAGAAAUAUACUUGCCACUGAGUAGCGUCUUUGGAGAAGAAAUUCGUUCCUGGGUUUAGCUUUGAUAGUGCUAUCAGUAGUGAAGAUAUGACAGGGGCCAGUACUGUCUUUAAUGCUGCUUCUUUUGUUGGGUGACAAAAUCUUAAGAGCUGGUAGAAAGCAGUAUUCGGUGUUGUUUAGAAAAGGAAAAAAUAGAUGCUGUGAAUGUAUAGAAAGUGAAUGCAGGGUGCUCAGGUUCUUUGCAUAGUUCUUAACUAAUCUUGCCUACAGUUUGGUAUAGAUAACAUUAGCAUGGCCACUUAUGCUAAGUACAUAAUAAAAUACAUUUAGAAAUCCUUAAUAAUAUUGGUUAGGUCAGUUGUAUAACUAUUCAAUUCCACUAGCACAGUUUAUCUAGUGACCUUACCAUGGAAACUUUCAAAUAUAUCUACAUUUAAAUAAGCCAAUAGCUUGGCCCUUAAGGAUUUCCUAAGUGGCAUUUAAUUAUGUGCCUGCAGACACUGAUUUUUUAAACUUGUAAUUAUUUGAUGGGUUACAAAAAGUAUCUGUCAUUAACACUUCUUGUUCAUGUUCAUCCUCUGCUAUAAUUUGGCUUGGCAUGUCAACUUUUAUGCUUCUUCUUAAUUUGAUGCAGCUUAAACAUAACAGGGGACUUGAAAUAUUGUACUGAAAUUAGAAUACAUAUUAGUUAGUGAAGAGAAGUGGCAUUAAGUAUUGGAAUGUCUUUAACUAGAGUGAUGGAUGAAACUGUUCUAAUUCCAGUUGAAAUUUCUUUGGUUUGUUAAUUAUACAAUUGGUAAAGCUGGUGGACACAUAAUGAAUUUCACAAAUGUUGUGAAAGAAAACUAAAACAGUAAUACAAAAUUAAAUCAGUAAUACUGAUGACUGAUUUAAUUUUGUAUUACUAUAACUCUUCAUCUCAAAAGGCUAAUUACUUGGUAUCUUAAAAUUUAAAAACCUACUUUCCCUUCUUUCCCUUUGUUGGAUUAGAACAGUUCAAUAAUUUUAUUAUAAGAAUCAGCUUGGAAUUCAUUAAAAAAUCCAGAUUCAGGGGCAUACUUUUCAACUUUAUCAGGUCCUAUAAUGAGGUCUGGGAAUCACCAUUCCACACAGCACACCAAGUGAUUCUGAUCUAGGUCCCAAGGGCUCUAAUUUGAAAGCAACACUAGGUUAGAGAUGUCUCCUCUUUUAGGUCAGCAAAUAUCUAAAAUGCCUGGGCUCAGGAUACAAGGAAGAGCUACAUGAACCUACAGUUCUUUUCCAGGGAAAAUUAGGACUUCAGCCUUCUGAAUUGUCUCCUAUAUUGCACUUAAAUGAACUUGGGUGGUGAUCUAGUGGUUAAGACACCAUACUUGCAAUGCAGAGGAUGCUGGUUCAAUCCCUAGUCAGGGAACUAAGAUUCUGCCAGCCUAUGGUGUGGACAAAAAAAAAAAAAAGUCAAUUCUUGCUGGUGUUGCAUAAGAAAAGGUUCCUAGCAUAAUUAUCUUGAAUGCAUUACAGAUGCUUUCAAAUUGAUAAAACUGGUAAGCCUCUGAGUAGGAAAAUAAAGAGAACAUGAAUCAACAGUAAGAGAAGUGAAAGAAGGGAUAUCACUGCAGAUCAUGUAGACAAUUAGAUAAUUAGAAAAUACUAUGAUCAACUGUAGGUCUAUAUCCAUGAAACAGGCAAAUUCUUUAAAGAUACAAACUACCAUAACUCACUGGAGAAAUAAGGUACCUCUGGAAAACCACAGGCCCAGACAAUUUCAAUGGUGAAUUCUACCAAACACUUAAUACUAAAUCUACACAAUCUCUUCCAGGAGAAGAGGAAACACUUCCCAACUUCAUUUUAUUUUGCCAACUUUGAUACAAAAUCAGACAUUAUAAGCAAAAAUACUUACAAUGUCUUUACUAAUAUCUGUAGGUAAAGUAGCCAUUCUUUUUACAUGAAGGAAUGUGAAUUGGUUGUAUUUCUUCCAUUUCAUUUUUCUAGUUUGUUUCUUUUCUAAUGUAUCUCCCAUAACACAUCUAGGUAAUGUAUCCACUUACCUGGAUUUCCAUUCUAUUCAAGCCACUUUUGCUUUUUAAGUACUUUCAUCACUUGGAAAUUACUUCAUUGCAUGCUAUUUCAAGAAGGUUUUGUGUAGCUGUAUUGUGUUAGCUACUCUUAAAAUUAUAAAGAAUGCUCCAAAAGUUAUUUUGCUUGUCUGAAACAAGAGGGCAUUAAAGUAAAUCUUUAUAUACACUCUACUUAGGAAUGAUUGAUUUCCAUUAACCACUUUUCUUUAUAGUAGCUGUAAUUGUUAUGAUGCUAUGUAAAAUUUUUUAUUGUUGUUCAGUCACUAAGUCGUGUCUGAUUCUUUGUGAACCCAUGGACUGUAACACGCCAGGUUCCUCUGUCCUUCACUAUCUCUUGGAGUUUGCUCAACUUCAUGUCCAUUGAGUUGGUGAUGCUAUCUAACCAUCUCAUCCUUUGCUGCCCCCUUCGCCUUUUGCCUUCAAUCUUUUCCAGCAUCAGGGUCCUUUCCAUUGUAAAUGUAAAAUUUACAAUGUCCUUUGUAUGCAAAUAACAUUUCUACUUAAUGUACCAAAUUGUUUAUCUAAUUUUUAUAAUAUGGUUUAAACAGAUCCUAAGAUGACAUUAUGUAACCUUUACUUAAGGAAGGAACAAUAUGUGUCUAGGUUAUUGCUUAUAAAAAAGGGAGUCUUUGUAACUAAGUCAAAUUAUAUAGCAGAAUCCCAAAUGACCAUCAUAUGUUACUUUUAAAAUUUGAAUGGAAUGAAACAGAAGGUUCAGUCAUGAGAAGACACCUUGAAAGCUACUGAAGUAUCCAGUGCAGGGGCUAUAAAGUCUUAUUUCAUCAUUUAAUCAAUUGUACUCAUUUUGGAGAAAAGACUGUCUCUGGACAAAGACAAUUUUACACUGCUUGCACUUUAUUUUGCACGGACGUUUCAUUAAUUACCUCUUCAAUUUAAGGGCAAAUCUCAUUCUGAAUACAGCUUUCAUUUUGGACCAAACAAUUUGUCAUGGCAAUAAAUAAUUAUGCAUUUAAGAAAAA